UAGAGUUCUGUAGUAACGUUACUGACGAAUAUGUCGGCCUCUGGGAAUCUCUUGGCCACCAAUAUUAUAGAUAUAUGAGAAGAACACAAUUGUUUUGGAAUAUAAUAACGAAUCGGUUGCAUCUUAUUUGACUUCCAUGUUGGUGGAGUGGCCUGCAGACAGAUGCUAGCUAUUUUAAAGAAGUUAAGGAACCAGGCAGCUUCCAGCCCUAACGCUAGCUAACAGUUGUAACCGCAGAGCUAGCUGUGUAGUAAAUAACGUUAGGCAUACUGCGAGGUAGCCACACAUUUAAGGUAUUAGCUUGACGCUGGGAAAGCUAACUUAGCCCGCACAGCUAGACUCGUUACGGUACAGCUUGCUGAAGCAGUCGCAUGGAUAUUAUGGACGUAACGUUAAGAAGCUGUCUCAAUUUAUUAUAAUCACAGGAGGAAAUAACACCGCCAUGAGUAACACAUCCCAUUCACGGUGCCUGGACCCAGAACAGCUGUGAAGCCCUCACAGGUGCAGCAUCCUGACCAACCAUCAGACUGGAUUAUCUUCACUGGCACAGACGUAUGGUUGGAGGUGAUACUCAAUACUGCCACCUCCUGUGUUUUAUCCACCUAUAAAGCAACAAAUCCGAGGGGCCACUGAUCAGCACUGGAUCCUGUUUUUGAUGUUGGAAAAUGACACUCUCAACCUGAAAAACCUCAAGAUACAAAAAGGAUUCUCUAUCUUCCAUACAUAAAAGCCACAGCGCUUCUCAGUUUGGUUGAGUUCAUCAUUAGGACGUCGCUCCAGAAAGAGUGUUUCCUCCAGGGGAUUGUUGCGUGAGGAUGUUAUCAGAGCCUCAGUGCUCUCCGCUGGGAAAGGAAGCAGAGGGAAGGCCCUGCGUGUCCCUGGAGAAGAGGGGAACAGAGCCCGUAGCUGGAAGGCUGACUGUUAGAUAACUAACAGGCACGGUCACACUCUAACACAGUGGAGCGAGGAGACUAGUGGGGGGGUUUGCGUUGGCUUGCUGAUACACUAGAUGGAACCGUUAUCUUUUCGCAAAUAACUCCCAGCACUCCAAAUCCACUCUGUAAAUUAAGUUCAUUUACAUGGAUACUGAUGGAUGUUCUGCUGGAUUUUCCUCCAGAUGUUUUGGAAAGACCACCAAUGUGUUCUUUUUGUCUUCCGAUCACAUCCCCGUUGCUGGCAGGUGAGGUGGUUUGAAUCAGCCACCGGCGGGGUUUAGGCAUGCCCCGACACAGGAAAACCAGGCUACUCCACUGGCCCCUUUACAGACUGCUGGUUCUAAUACGAGUCCUGGACUGAAAGCAAAUUAUCUCCUCCCCCAAACAGAGAUUAUCACCUUUUUUUAAAAAUCAAAACAUUGUUGGGCUUUUGAUUUAAGGGACAUUUUGCUAGCACAGACUUGCCUACAAGCUUGCCAUACACACCCACAACUUGUUUUGUUUUCAGCUUUCCUCUCCGUUAUCUCCUUCUUUUGGCCUUAUUUGCUCCAUCUUUUAAGUCUCCUACUCGGAAAUGCCUACCUCUGCUAUCUCUUGCACCUCACCAGACUCCAUUCACACACCAAUCAAAUGAAGCUGGAUGAGUUCACAUCAGGUGCAACCGGCAUCCGUUUAGCUGAGUCUGUCAGGAUUGGAUUGGCACUAACCGAGUUUUAAUAUCUCAUUAACAAACCUCUUUUCAUCAUCAUGUUUUUAAUCAAGCCUUUAUUCACAUUGCAAAAGCUCAGCAGAUGUCCUCUCCUAAAAUGAUACUACUCUAGUGGAAACAGAGGAAUGAUCAGAUACUAGUGGCUUGUGUUUGUAAUUGAAUGACAUGUUGGGAAAAACAGAGUCCAACUAGAGUAGUGUGAGGACCCCUCCCCCUCUUUUCAAUUAGUGGCUUAUUUGUUCAUCCUGCUUUUUCACCACACACACACACACACACACACACACACACACACACACACACACACACACACACACACACACACACACACACACACACACACACACACACAGUAGAUCAGGAUUGACCUAAGACCCAUUUCCACGUUAAAGAGGAAGCCCUCUUUAAUUAUCCCUCCUUUUCUUUUCUAUUCAUCCUUUUUUACAUUUUUGUUGCCAGUCCAUCAUCUCUACCCCCUACACAUCUACUUGUUACAGAAACAUUUAAGUCUAAGUGACGCAUUCCUAACCAUAACGGUUGCUGGAAAAACACACCCCACAACACAAAGGACGUGAUGCCAGGUGUCAGCAGUAAGAGUGGAGGGCGGGGUCCAUCCUCGUCCCCCCUCCGUCACACCGUGAUCCCGGCCGGCAGACCCCUGAGACCCUCCCGCUAUGUCCCGGUGUCUGCAGCCACGUUCUUCCUGGUUGGCUCCACCACGCUCUUCUUCUGCUUCACGUGUCCGUGGCUUUCAGAGCGGUUCUCUGUGGCUGUGCCAAUCUACAAUGGAGUCGUUUUCCUGUUUGUUUUGGCUAACUUCUGUAUGGCCACAUUCAUGGACCCCGGCAUCUUCCCGAGAGCUGAGGAGGAUGAGGACAAGGAGGACGAUUUCCGUGCCCCCCUCUAUAAGACUGUGGAGAUCAGAGGGAUCCAGGUCAGGAUGAAGUGGUGCUCAACGUGUCGCUUCUACAGGCCGCCACGCUGCUCCCACUGCUCCGUCUGUGACAACUGUGUGGAGGACUUCGACCACCACUGUCCGUGGGUGAACAACUGCAUAGGCAGGAGGAACUACCGCUACUUCUUCCUCUUCCUCCUCUCUCUGACGGCUCACAUCAUGGCCGUGUUUGGCUUCGGCAUGCUGUUCAUCCUCUACCAUCGGCAGAAUAUUGACCGCCUGCACGCCAUCGUCACGCUGGCUGUAAUGUGUGUUGCAGGCUUGUUCUUCAUCCCUGUUGCUGGCCUCACUGGCUUCCACAUUGUGCUUGUGGCCAGAGGCAGGACUACCAAUGAACAGGUGACGGGGAAGUUCAGAGGAGGUGUUAACCCUUUCACCAAUGGCUGUUGGAAGAAUGUCUCUCAUGUCCUCUGCAGCUCUCAGGCACCCAGGUAUCUGGGCAGGAAGAAGUGUGUGCAGAGUGUGUGUGUGCAGCCUCCCUUCCUGCGGCCGCAGCUGACAGAAGCCCAGCUGGCUGCAAAGAUCCUGGACAACGGCAUCCAGGGGGACCUGCACCGGUCCAAAUCCAGUCUGGAGAUGAUGGAGAGCCAGUCAUGUGACGCUGAACCUCCACCUCCUCCCAAACCGGAGCUCCGCUACCCUGGGAUCACCCGAGGAAACACAGAGGAGUGCAGUCUUCUGAACAAAGCCCCUCCCACCCCCACCAUGUACAAAUACAGGCCCACCUACAGCCCUGGGAAGAACCACACAGCGCUCACACAUGCUUACGCCAACCAGUUGAGUCGAGGAGAGAGUGUUGGUAGUGCCAAAGACUCCUCUUCCUCCACCUCCUCCCUCCUCCAGGCCAGCCAGCAGCCCGGUUUCCGCUCCCAGCCCAGCCUGGACCGGAGGGAUGCUUCAGGGGGGAUUGGGGGAGGAGGAGGAGGAGGGGGAGGAGGAGGAGGAGGAGGAGGCGGGGGGGAGGAGAGGAUAGAGGGGAGAAGAGAGGCAGGGAGCAUCCCUGGCUACACCCUCGGUGGACGUUCGUACCCCUCCUUCUCCGACCCCACGGUCCUGUCAGGGGUGGCGUCUCGCUCCUCCAGCUCCACCCACAACUCGGCCGGCAACACCCACAUCUCCGAGGCAACCACCAACUCCGCCAGCUUCAAGAGCUUAGCCAAUCAGACGCCCCCGCCUCAUCAUCCGUCCCGCAACGGCAGCCUGUCCUAUGACAGCUUGGUGGCAGGUGGAGACGACUUCGACAAAGGGGGGGUUGUGGCCCCUGAGGCCCCGUCUGGAAGACCCUGUACGCCGGCAGCAGGCGGCUAUACCUCCCCCUUCCUGUCCCACCCGAGAGACACUGAGAUGCAGUCACCCCAUCACUACCACCGCUCCUCCCAGCAUCACCACCACCACCAGCCCUUCCUCCAUCGCUCCUCCUCUACCACAUCCUCCUCCCCGCCGCCUCCCCUGGACAGGGAGCGCCUGCUGGGGGAUCCUCACCUCCAGCCAGCCAAUCACGCCUCCGCUCCACCCUCCUCUGCCGCCCCGCUUCCCCCUCACCAUCACCACCACCACGCCCAUCACCACCACCACCAUGCCGCCCACCACCACCACCACCACUCCUCCUCUUCCUCGUCUUCCACCAGCCGCCCUCCUCGCUUCGCCGCUCCUUACGCGCCGCCCCCCCACCACCACGCCUAUCCCUACCGCACCCGAUCCACUGACACCCCUCUGGGAUCCUCCUCCACCUCCACCACCCAUCCUCCCCGCUCUCCGCACCCCCCGCCCCUGGGCAAGUCGCUCUCCUAUUCGAGCGCCGCCGCUGCUGAGAUGCAGUACCGGCUUGUCCGGAAGGCGUCGGCGUCAGCCGGGGCCAACGCAGCCGGGGUGGGAGGAGGAGGAGGAGGAGGGGGAGGAGGAGGAGGAGUAAUACCGCCGCCAAAGGAUGAGCUGAUCCAGAUGAAACCUCUGAGUCGGACCAACGGCGGCCAGCCCUUCUCCUCCUGCUCGGCCCCUUCCUCUCCCUGUCACCCAAUCAGCGUGUCCGCCCGACCCGGGAUGGCCUAUCCCAGCUCCACACUGACACACAGUCCCGCUCACAAGCCUCAGGGUGGUGGGGUUAAGAAGGUGACUGGCGUCGGGGGCACCACCUACGAGAUUUCUGUGUGACUGGCGACCAGACCCCCACCCUCCCUGGAAGACCGAAGAGGAGGUUCUGCGGCCUCCUCCCCCUUUGAGGGAGAGAGCCAGUUUUGAGGGUGUGAGCAGGAUCCGGAUCUCACUGCUGGUUGGCUGUGGAGCUAGACUGGAUCCGCCUCAUUUCCUGUGCAGGUGACGUUAGGAUGGAGAACACAGGAACCAUCCCAGUAUGCUCGCUGUGGUCAGGUGUUACAUUAGGCAUUCCCACUGCCAGGGGGAGGGCUCAGACCCCCACCGGCCCCCACCAACUAUAACUUUAGAGUCUACUUGCCAGCACUGUGAAGCUGGAAAUAUUGAGGACUCCACAAUUUUGUGUUAGAGAUGUGUAUAACGGGCCCCCAGUAAUUACUAACCGCUAGAUGCUAACUCACAAAUGUUGAGCAAUUUUUACAAUUAGCAUGAGUUCCUGUUAGCAUUAAUUAGCAUUGUGGCCUAUGUGGACAAUGGCUUAAAACUGGCAUGGCCGAUUUGGACAAUUUUAGUGUGGUUUUAAAGGUUAUUGAGGAUUCUGAAUCCAUUUCUGACAUUUCAGGAUACAAAAUGGAAGGUUUACCCAGGAAGGGGAUAUAUUUGUGCUCUUGGUAGGCUGAUUCUGACUACCAGGAGUAGCCAUUGGAUAUAGAGAGCUAUUGUGGAUGGUUUGUUUAUUUUUUUUGUUCAAAUAAAUAAGCAAUGUGUCCAAUACAAAUGAUCCAGAGAUCACUAAAAUGUCAAAAUCAACCCAAAAUGACAAACAAUCAGGCCAACGGGAGUACAAAGAUUGGCGUUUUCUGGUUACAACUGGCAAUUUGGAUCCUACACAUUUCAGAAAUGGAUUCAGAAUCUUCCAUAACCCCGAACCUAUCAAUAAUUGUCCAUUUGGCAAAGCCAUUUCUUAACUAUUGUCCACAUAGGCCAUAAUGCUAAUUCAUGCUAAUCAACAGGAACUUAUUCUAAUUGUGCAAAUUGCCCAACAGCAAGUUAUCAUCCAGCAGUUUCCAUGUGCUGGGAACCGUACUUUACAUUUCUAAUGCAUUGGGGUACUUUACAUUUCGGGGUUCACUACAGGACUCUGAGCUGACACCUAGACUAUCACCCAUCAGCACUUUUACACUGAAGCUGCACUGGGUUAACAUUGGUGAUAUUUUCCAUCCUUUACACACUCCGUUUUUGAACAUCAUUGAACACUAGGAUGAUGAUGAUGCUGCACAGUGUGUGGAACCUGACUGAACUAAAAGUGGAGAGCUUCUCCCCGAGCUGUUCAGUGUAAACUAAAUGUGAUGUGUGCUUUGAAUAAGCUUCCAGCAGAUGGAGUGAUCCGAUUGGACCGUGAGAACAGGUGUUGUCGUGAUGUGUGAUGAUCUGCUGCCACAGCCUGCAGUCAGUAACGUGGUGUUGUAUUAUGGGCUGGAAGGAACAGCACAUGAACUUCUCCAUCGAUGUUGUGAAUGGACUCGACCUUUAGAUAGAGCCAUGAAAACUGUGACUGAAAAAAAAACAAAGUGCUGAUUCCCCGUCUGUUGAUUUUCUCUUAGAUGUGAAUAUGAUUCCAUGUUUGUACAGGGUGAUGUGAUUUUAAAUGUGGAUUUCUCUUUUUAAGUGGCGUUCAUAGCAGACCGCAGCAUGCACUACUAUUAUACCGGCCGCCGUGUGUGGUCUGUGAACAAACAGGAGACAAAGUGAACAAGGAAGUCAUGCUUUGAACCCAACACAACUCAUUCCUUGAGCAACUGCCUUGAAAAUUAAAGUGUUUUUUAUGUCACCCAUUUAAUUUGAAAUAGUUUUAUAUGAAUUUAUAUAGAAAUAUAGCUGUUGAUAAAUGAAGAGAUUUAAUGUUGACUGAAAGGUUGAGUUUCAGAAUCCUGUUAAAAAAGAAAGACCAGCUGCCUUCUUUCUAACAUAUCCAGUAGUUAUCUAUACAAAGUUCACCCUAUUCUACCAUAGAUGAAUCUGGCUUCUCCCUCACUACCACACUCACUAUUCUAACAGGAAACUUCGUCAGUGGAAUUCACCAUUGGUGGGCCUGGGAAAUGCUUUUAUGAUGACGUUAAAGCACAAGUGAAACUCCCGGUCUGAGAACAUGUGUUAAAUGAUGAUGUUCGGACACCAACAAUAACUGUCCUGCUAAAGGUUUCUGGGACAGGGCGAUCCAGGAUCAGCUGCACAGUAAGUCUACAGUGGACACUAAAUCUAACCUUGAAAAUAAUAUUGUUUUAUUGCCUCUUUUGGAAACAGCACACCUUGGGAAAUAAUGGAGCUAACUGAUAAUAAAAUGUUAAUACGGAGCUUA